AUGGAAGAGAGUCUCAUGGAGAAGAGCAGAGAGGUGGAAGAAGGUGGUUCAGGCAUAGCAUGGAGUGUGUUUGGUCGAGAGGUGAAAAGGGUUGGUUAUCUAGCAGGUCCUAUGGUUGCUGUGACUCUGUCGCAUUAUUUUCUACAAAUAAUAUCAAUGAUGAUGGUUGGUCACUUAGGAAAGCUUGCUCUCUCCAGCACAGCCAUUGCCAUCUCUCUCUGUGCUGUCUCGGGCUUCAGUGUAAUUUUUGGAAUGUCAUGUGCACUGGAAACUCAAUGUGGGCAAGCGUAUGGAGCAAAGCAAUACAGAAAGUUUGGUGUUCAAAUUUACACUGCUAUUGUCUCCCUUACUUUAGCUUGUGUUCCUCUGACUCUUUUGUGGAUGAACUUGGGGAAGCUGCUCAUUUUACUUGGUCAAGACCCUUUGGUUUCACUAGAAGCUGGGAAAUUUGCUUUAUGCAUGAUCCCUGCUCUCUUUGCUUAUGCAGCACUUCAGACCUUGGUUCGAUUCUUUUUGAUGCAAACUUUGAUCAGUCCCCUUGUCAUAAGUUCCUUCAUUACUGUUAGCUUCCAUGUGGCUUUCAGUUGGUUAAUGGUUUUUAAAUCCGGACUUGGUAACUUAGGAGCUGCCUUUUCUAUUGGUACUUCGUACUGGCUCAAUGUGAUUUUACUUGGAUUAUAUAUGAAAUUCUCUCCCGAAUGUGAAAAGACUCGAGUCCCAAUUUCAAUAGAAUUAUUCCAUGGGAUUGGAGAAUUCAUCCGCUAUGCCAUUCCUUCAGCUGGAAUGAUUUGUCUUGAAUGGUGGUCAUUUGAGCUAUUAGUCUUGCUUUCUGGACUUCUACCAAAUUCAGAGUUAGAAACUUCAGUAUUAUCCAUAUGUUUAAACAUCAUGUCAACAAUCUACACAAUCCCAGAAUCAAUUGGCUCAGCAGCAAGCGCUAGAGUUUCAAAUGCAUUAGGAGGUGGAAAUCCACAAUCAGCACGAGUAUCAGUUUAUGCUGCCAUGACUCUUGCAGCCUCCGAGGCCAUUCUCGUGAGCUUAAUCAUUCUUGCAAGCAGGGAGGUUUUAGGUUAUGUAUUUAGCAACGAGCAGGACGUGGUGGAUUAUGUCACAGAAAUGGCUCCUCUCUUAAGUCUUUCUGUUAUACUGGACUCCUUACAUGCCACCCUUUCAGGUAUUGCUAGAGGAUGUGGGUGGCAACACUUGGGAGCAUAUAUAAACCUUGGAGCCUAUUAUGUUUUUGGAAUUCCGAUUGGUGCCAUAUUGGGUUUCUGGAUGUACAAACUGGGAAAUACAGGCAAUUCAAGCAAGGGAAAGGAUAUUUCAGAUGUGCAGUUGUGGAGAGUGCGAGGGUUGAAGAUGGCUGUAAGAUCCAAGAAAGAGAAGGAGCAUCUCAAUUUAGUCCUAGGUUCCCACCUCGCCACUAUCCAUGAAACCCUCCAGGUUUUGGACCAAACACCGCCUUCUUCUUCCACCAAAGUCACCUGGGAUGAUGUCAUGAAGAUGGGUGACCACGUUUCUAAACAAGCAACAACAGUGGGAAUGCUUUGGACUGGGGAGCAGCCGGAGUCCAAAGCAAUUGAGGAAAACAUGGCAUCAUACUUCAACACUCUACAAGGUUUUCUUUUGCUUUCCCAUGGUAGUACUGUAGGUGCGGGGCCUACCCUGUCUUCUGCGGUUCAUGCAUCUGUGAAGCAAGUGGUUGAUUCCAGCUUCAGGUUGAUGAAGGAAACAAUCUCUUUUUAUGGGUCCCAUUGUAAAGACCUGAAACUAUCAGUACCACAAUUGGUUGGUGCUGUAUGGGAAGCAUGUUCUGCCCUUAAAAAGACCCCUUCCACAAAUGUUACAGCAAUUGGGAGAGGAAUGACACAGAUUGCUGUUUCAGUGAAGGACGUUCUUCGUGAGAUGAAAGAAUUGAAAACCGAUUCAUGUGAUGAUCCAGUUGGCAAAUCCGAUAGUGAGAGUUGCCCAGAAGUAGCGUCUGAGCCCAAUGAUGAUAAUUCAAGUGAAGAUGAUAUAGGCAAUGACUUGUCGCCUGAAGAAAUGAAAGUGGCUGAAAGAGCCAUUGAGGUUGUCUCGGAUACACUUUCAGUUAUUAAAGUCCUUAUUCACUCCAUCAUUGGCUUGCUUAAGCUGGAAAAACCAAAUGACAACAGCAGCUUUAUAAAUUCGAUGGAGAAAUUGUUGCAAUUGUGUAAGGAACUUGGUCGACAGAUUGAUGAGAUUGGAGCUUGCCUUUAUCCCCCCCAAGAGAUUCCUGCCAUAACGACAGCUUCGGAGAAAAUCCUCAGCAUUAUUGAUGCUUUGCAAGUGGAGGUAGAAGAACUUCUAGGCGCAUCAGAUGUAUUUAUAGAGCCAUGCAAUGGCUUGAGGAGUUCACUGAGAGACCUUGCAUCUGAACUAAGUAAUCCUAGUACUGUUGUAGCCGGAGUAGAAAAUAUAACAUUAACCGAAAGUAAUCUCUGA